UUAAAUAGCCUUGCAGCCUAAGCCCAAGUCAGCUGGCCUGGGCCAGUCGCAGGAGUCUAAUUGUAGUGUACAUAUAUCCUAUGUGUGUACAUGCAAGUGGGGGAUAGAUCACGUCAGGCUGUGAGAGAGCAUGAAAGGAAAGGAUGUUGCUGGGAGAAGUUUUAUAAAGAGACCUCACAGCAAAACUGAGAAAUAUCAUGACAGAUAUUCAAAUUCUGUAUCAUUAACCUGCAGCGCAAGAGAUACUGAUCAUAAUUAGAUUACAAAACUAACAGUAACAAGAGAGCAGGGUUCUGUUAAACUCAUUUGUUAGAUAUCCAAAGAAGUUAUUUAGUUUCAUAUGUUUUCCCUUCAUUAUGACUCAAUGCAACAAGAUUAGCACUGGCAUGAAACAGAUCCUAGUAUUGCAGUUAAGGUAAAAAUAUCCUGUUCCCACACAUUUAUUCACAGUGAAAUCUAGCCAUGGUCUUGCCGCCAAAGUGACAGCUAAGCAUGGUGGUUCAACAGAACCAAGUUUAUAUUACACCUCUUUUUAGUGUUCUUCCCUCAUCCCAGUCCCAAGAGGGUAGGCUCCUCAAAAUAUCAAUUGCGCAGGAGCAUGAUCAAGCCUGUACCCGCUGUGGCUCAAACUCAGAUUCCUGGUCAGACUUGCGAUAGCAAAGGUUCAUGUUACACGACAGAGCAAGCAAAAUAAUCCUUUACUGCACUGCAGCAAGGGAUAACGUGAGCACAAUUUAAGUCGUUCUGCUUCCCUACAGGUUAUUAUAGCUGUACUGUCAACCCUAAGCAUUCAAAAGUCAUGAGUCGGACCCUAAAAUACCAUGAGAUUUUGAAAAAUAUUAAGUGCUGGCAAAUAAACAGAACCUUUCUGGUUGUUAGCCUUUAGGAUUCAUGUUUUCAAGGUUUUCCCCUGUGAACAACAAAUUAAAAAAAAAUGUAACUGAGAACAGAGCACCUGGCAAUCACAUGACUCCUGCUGGGACUUUAAUAAAGACACCAAUAUUGAUAGAUUUGGAUAAAAUCAUAAAGAGUUGGCAACACUUGACAGAACAGCAUGAGUGUCUGAUUCAGACACAAUCAGGGUGCACACAGGAAAGCAAAAAUGAAAGCACCAGAUCAUCCCACUAAAAUACACUUAAAGUGCAGGUCUAGCAGCUAUAACAGCAGCACAGUCAGUUUCAACACUGUUCUCUGCUGCACUGUUGAUUCCCUCCGCAGUCACACAAAUGUGGUCCAAGACUGAAUUCAGGGUCUCUGUUCACAGAACAAUUCAGUUAAGUCACCUUCAGCAAGGCCAUCCCAGACACUCUUAUCUGUUACACUACUCACCUAUGGUAUGAUCUUAUGUUACGCCUCAGGGCGGGUCUACACUACCACAGGGAUGCACUGAGAUCGAUCCGCCGGCGGUUGAUUUAGCGGGCCUAGUAAAGACCCACCAAAUCAACUGCAGAUCGCUGUCCAGUCGACCCCUGUACUCUACCCCAGACAAGAAGACUAAAGUGACUCAACGUGAGUUCUCUUCCGGGUGACUCCAGCUACGUUAUUCACAUAGCUCUGGUCUACACUAGGAGUUUAGGUCGAAUUUAGCAGCAUUAAAUCGAUGGAAACCUGCACCCGUCCACACGAAGCCCUUUUUACGACUUAAAGAGCUCUUAAAAUUGAUUUCCUUAAUCCACCUCUGACAAGUGGAUUAGUGCUUAAAUCGGCCUUGCCGGGUCGAAUUUGGGGUACUGUGGAUGCAAUUAGACAGUAUUGGCCUCCGGGAGCUAUCCCAGAGAGCUCUAUUGUGACCGCUCUGGACAGCACUCUCAACUCAGAUGCACUGGCCAGGUAGACAGGAAAAGGCCCGCGAACUUUUGAAUUUCAAUUUCCUGUUUGCAUGGUCACCUGCAGCUUGCCAUGCUGGCCAGAGCUCAUCAGCAGAGGUGACCAUGAUGGAGUCCCAGAAUCGCAAAAGAGCUCCAGCAUGGACCAAAUGGUAGGUACGGGAUCUGAUCGCUGUAUGGGGAGAGGAAUCCGUGCUAUCAGAACUCCAUUCCAGUUUUUGAAAUGCCAAAACAUUUGUCAAAAUCUCCCAGGGCAUGAAGGACAGAGGCCAUAACAGGGACCCAAAGCAAUGCCGCGUGAAACGUAAGGAGCUGAGGCAAGCCUACCAGAAAACCAGAGAGGCAAACGGCCGCUCUGGGUCAGAGCCCCAAACAUGCCGCUUCUAUGAUGAGCUGCAUGCCAUUUUAGGGGGUUCAGCCACCACGACCCCAGCCGUGUUAUCUGACUCCUUCAACGAAGAUGGAGGCAACACAGAAGCAGGUUUUGUGGAUGAGGAAGAUGAUGAUGAUGAAGUUGUAGAUAGCUCACAGCAAGCAAGCGGAGAAACCGGUUUUCCCGACAGCCAGGAACUGUUUCUCACCCUGGACCUGGAGGCAGUGCCCCCCGAACCCACCCAAGGCUGCCUCCCGGUCCCGCCAGGUGGAGAAGGGACCUCUGCUGCAUGUGUUUCAAUGAUCACAGGAUCUUCUUCUUCCCAGAGGCUAGUGAAGAUUAGAAGGUGAAAAAAACCACACUUGUGAUGAAAUGUUCUCUGAGCUCAUGCUGUCCUCCCACACUGACAUAGCACAGACGAAUGCGUGGAGGCAGACAAUGUCAGAGUGCAGGAAAGCACAAAAUGACUGUGAGGAGAGGUGGCGGGCUGAAGAGAGGGCUGAAGCUGAAAGGUGGCGGCAGCGUGAUGAGAGGAGGCAGGAUUCAAUGCUGAGGCUGCUGGAGGAUCAAACCAAUAUGCUCCAGCAUAUGGUUGAGCUGCAGGAAAGGCAGCAGAAGCACAGACCGCCACUACAGCCCCUGUGUAACCAACCGCUCUCCUCGCCAAGUUCCAUAGCCUCCUCACCCAGACGCUCAAAAACGCGGUGGGGGGGCCUCCGGCCACUCCACCCCAGAGGAUUGCCCAAGCAACAGAAGGCUGCCAUAAGUUUUAACGUUUUAAACUUUUAAAGUGCUGUGUGGCCUUAUCCUUCCCUCCUCCACCACCCUUCCUGGUGCUUCUCUCCUCCACCACCCCUCCUGGGCUACCUUGGUAGUCAUCCCCCAAUUUGUGUGACGAAUGAAUAAAG